UUUAAGAUCCUCAUCAACCGUGAGCUUUCUGCUCUUUUCGAUCCAUCUGCUGAAUUUAGUACUCCGAAUUUCAUUGAAUUGCUCAAUACUCAUGUGGUCAGAGGACUUUAUCCUGAAGAAUUUAUGGCUGCUUGGAAUGAGUUUGAUGAAGUGAAUGGAUCGGAGAAUGACCCUCCCACCAGUUAUGCCAGUAAACAACAAUUAUUCAUAGUAAUGGGUAUGGCUAUGGGAGGCGUCGAUCUGGAGCACUAUCAGAUGAAGAAUGAGGACCAGGUGAUGUCGGUACUGCUGCAAAUCGCCAUCUCACUUGUUGUUGCCGAAGAACGCCUCAAAUUCGAACAUCGAGACCUGCACAUUGGAAAUGCUCUCGUGUUGGAAAGCGGAGAAGAUAUGAAAUACCGGUUUGGUGGAGGUGAUAUGAUUCUGCGCUCACAAGGCCUGAAGGUCCAUCUUAUCGAUUUCACGCUCAGUCGUAUGAGUAAAGAAGGGACCACAAUAUUCCGGGACCUUGAAAAUGAUGAGGAGCUGUUCACUGGUGAUGGCGAUUAUCAGUUUGAUAUAUACAGAAUGAUGAGGAAAUCAAAUGAAGGUGAUUGGAUGGCAUUCAAUCCCAAGUCAAAUUGCUUUUGGAUGCAUUACCUGGCUAUGCAGUUGAUAAAUAAACGAAAGUGCAAGAAAGCUAUACCGAAGAAGCGGCGAAAUCGAGUUCUGCGGAAUUUGAUGGGACCAAUUUGCUUGAAUUUCGACCAGUUUACGAGACGUGUUAUACGCACGACGAUUUCUCGAAUAUACUACAACGCAGGCUCAUUAGGGUAA